AUGUGGCUCAUAGACAGGACUCUCCAGGAGUCAAUCCCUGUGUCCUACCUUGGGGGCUAUAUCUUUCUUUCAUAUGUCGUGAGCAUGAUGGGAUGUACGACUACCCUGGAGCUGCUUCACCGGCGGACUUCCAGGGCUGGUCUGUACAAUUGGUAUCUCCUUCUGACCUCCUCACUCGUUAUGGGAGGCAUUGGCAUCUGGUGUAUGCACUUCAUUGGGAAUCGUGCUAUUGUUCUCGGAGACGGGAGCGCCCGCAUUCAGAUCGUCUACAGCAUGACCUUUACCGGCGUCUCUUUCGUUCUUCCAGUUGUCGUUUUGCUCGUUGCGUUCUACUCGAUCGGAGCCAGCGAGGAAACUAGUUUUGUUCGCAUAACAUUGGGUGGUGUUCUUGCUGGUGGCGCGGUCUGCGCCAUGCAUUAUAUCGGUCAACUGGGCAUCAGCAACUACAGAUGCUCGUAUCAGAUCGCGAAUGUUGUUGGGGCAGCCAUCAUCGCCGUAUUUGCUAGCACGACGGCAUUGACAGUCUUUUUCCGGUGGAGGGCGACUUGGACGGACAGCUGGUGGAGACGAGGCAUCUGUGGCUGUUUCCUUGCCUGUGCUGUCUCGGGCAUGCAUUGGACUGCGGCCGUCGGCACCUCUUACUGGGAACACGAUGACAGUAUUCAGCACAGCAGCCAGCUUUCCAGGAGCCAAACUGUUAUCAUCUGUGCUGUCCUGGCGUGCGCUGCCUGCGGAAUUUUGACAGUAUGUGCCGUAGCGGCCGGUGGCAGUCGGAGACGGCUGCAUACACAAGCGCGGCAGUUAGUGCUCAGCGGCGUCUUCUUCGACUCUGAAGGACGCCUUAUGGUGACGCCCCAUGCGAUGCUUCCUAGUCGCAAGAUUGUCGACCGUUACCUCGGCAAGACCUUUAACGAUGAUGAUCUGACACGAUCUCAUUCGGCUUUCCUUUGGGCGUUCCGAGCCAGCAGGAACUGGAACAUUGUCAAGGACGUCGUUCCUUUCAUGAGAGCACGGCUGGAGACGGAUGAUUACUUCACCAAGGGAGAUGGGCUAGACGAGGAGAACGAGCUCCAGACCGACUUCGACGAGCUCUUCAAGCGCCAUUUCUGCGUGGCUGCGCAGGACCUUGCUGACGAGUUGCGACAGCCACUCCCGAACCUUGGCAUGCUGUACGACGAUGUUCUGACAACAAGCGCCCCAGGCUCCUGCUUCGGGCGAGCAAUGGGCUACGCUAGGCUUGGUGGAAGCAAAGGUCAGAUGAUGUUCACAGUCCGUCACUUGAAUAAGCAAGAAUCGAACCGCAUGGCCGCUGCCGGUUAUCGUUUCACCACGAUCGAGAACGUCACCUCUGCGCUGUCCAGCCGUAUGCAUAUUCCCGCCCCGACACUCGGCGUCCACCUCCGAGACAUGCGCGACUAUGCAACCUCUGGCCACAGUUAUCUGCCCGGUGUCCAUUUGGUCUCUUUCGUCAUGCGGCCCACCAUCUACGACCACUUUGAGGUGCUAACCGCCAAGGGAACCGGCAAUCCCCUACCUUCGACGACGUUGCCGAUCAGAAAACUCCAAUUUCAACAUCUCGAUCUGCUCUCGCACAUGGAAGGAUGGACUAUAUCGACCUGCAUGACCUGGCUCCGAUCGGCCGCGGCCCAAGCUAACACAGAUGCGGAUGAGUUCCGGGAACAGCUGAUCCACGCGAUGACGACCCUCUCGACCACGCUCCCUCCGGAUAUCAACAUGGUUGCCCGUUUCUCGGCUCGACCCUUGAUUGCGCCCUGCCGUACGCCAAACGACACGGAUGCCACCCACUGCACCCUCUUAUCGUUCUGUGUCGUAGGCAACCUGGAGACACAAGUCUCGAAUCCGAACUACACCUUCGCGCCGCUGCGCCUUUUCCGCGUCCAGCAGCAGCUGAACGAGGCGCCUGGCGGCGGCGAAGGGUUUGCGAAGGAACUCGGCAAGGAGCUGUACUACUCUGACACGCGCACCAGCUCGGCGACUGACUCCGAGCUCACCUCGCCCUCGGUCAAAUCCUCUUCCGUCUUCAAGUUCUGGCCGCGCAAGCAGCCGAUCACUGUGGUGCAGGAGCAGCCGUCGCCGGGCAGCUGGGCGGAUAUCUCCCCGCUGGGCGAUAUCAUGGUCCGGAAGGAGGUGAAGGUCGACGUGGCGAAGCUGUCGGAGCAGAUGCUGAAUUCGCCGCGCCAUGCGUCCCGCACGACGGUGGUUGCCGGCGACAUGGCGUACAGCACGUAUGUGGACGAGCUGUACAACCUGUGUUACUCGUCGGGGAUCCGUCUGCGACCGGAUACCGAUCUUCAGGUGGUGAUGACCGGUUGA